AGUUCUCUUAUUAUAAGUGUAUCACUCGACACGUUGUAUUCGCUUAGAUAUGUUGAGCAAGCUGCAGAUAGUCCUUUGCCUUCUUAAUAUCGCUGCAAUGAUCGUUCCUAUACAAUCGAACAGGCAAGCUUCAUCGAAGCGGUUUCGUAAUCUGUACAGUGAUGAUGUAAAUAUAUCGAAUGUAACAAAUGUCUUCAGAGCGAGUGUCGGACUUUUGAACUUUUUGGACCAGGGUCAACGUUAUCUAAAUAAGGAAUUACCGGAUAUUACCCCUAAAUUCGGAGAUGUAUACGAUUUUGUGGUGAUUGGUGCCGGUACAGCUGGUGCUGCGAUAGCCGCGAGAUUGAGUGAAAUUUCUCAGGUCAAGGUAUUAUUGAUCGAAGCUGGAUCUAAUGAGAAUUUAAUCAUGGACAUUCCGUUAACCGCUUACAUUCUACAACUAAGUAAUGACGUUAAUUGGAAGUAUCGAACCAAGCCAUCCAACAAAUAUUGUCUCGGUAUGAACGACAAAAGUUGUAACUGGGCGAAGGGAAAAGUGAUGGGCGGCAGCAGCGUGUUAAACUAUAUGAUUGCUACCAGAGGCGGCGCCGAAAAUUACGAUCGCUGGGCUAAAAUGGGAAAUGAAGGUUGGGCUUACAAAGACGUUCUCAAAUACUUCAAGAAAUUGGAAACAAUCGAUAUUCCGGAAUUGAAAUCGGAUACUAUCUAUCAUGGAAAAAAGGGACCAUUGAACAUCGCUUACCCACAUUUUCAUACAGUAUUAGCAAAGGCUUUCUUAAAAGCUGGCAAAGAGCUAAAAUAUCCUAUAGUAGAUUACAACGGAAAGGAUAUAAUAGGAUUUUCAUAUUUGCAGAGCACGAUUAAAAACGGUAUGCGCAUGAGCAGUAAUAGAGCAUACCUAUAUCCUAUACAUGAUCGCAAAAAUCUUCACGUGACUCAAAAAAGCAUCGUGAGAAAAGUAUUAAUAGAUCGUCGUACAAAUCGAACGAUUGGUGUAGAGUUUACUAAAUAUGGUCGGAUUAUAUCCGUGUUCGCAAGGAAAGAAGUAAUAUUAUGCGCGGGUGCUAUUGGAUCGCCUCAAUUACUAAUGUUGUCCGGCAUUGGACCGACUAAACAUCUCACCAAACUCGGCAUAGAUGUUAUUCGAAAUGCGCCGGUCGGGGAAAAUUUGAUGGAUCAUGUAUCCUUUGGUGGACUGACAUGGAUAACGAAUGACCCAAUAAGCUUAAAAAUGCAGGACGUAUUCAAUCCUACGUAUCCUUUUUUAGCGGAUUUCUUAACAAAACAAUCGGGACCAUUUACAAUUCCGGGUGCAUGUGAGGCUCUUGGUUUCAUCAAUACUAAGGAUCCAGAAAAACACAGCGGUUUACCGGAUAUAGAAUUAUUGUUUAUCGGUAGUGGUAUCAAAGGAGAUCUUCUUCUUCCGAUUGUAAUGGGUUUGAAUCCUGAAAUGCGUCAAAUAUGGAAUAAAUAUAUCUAUAAAUAUGGCUGGACAAUAAUGCCAAUACUGUUGAAACCAAAAAGUCGUGGACGGAUAAGAUUAUUGGCUAAUGAUGUUAAUGUUAAACCUGAGAUUGUGCCAAAUUAUUUCAAUGAUGUGGAAGAUAUCGAGACGAUGAUUGCUGGUAUUAAGGUUGCGAUAAAAAUCGGUCAAACAAAGGCGAUGCAGAUGUUUGAUUCGCAAUUGUCUAAUGAUACUUUGCCCGAAUGUGAAAAUUACACUUAUGAUUCCUUUGCUUAUUGGGAAUGUGCAAUCAGAACGAUUUCUUUUACUAUGUAUCAUUACUCCGGUACUUGUAAGAUGGGGCCGAGAGAGGACCCAACUGCUGUCGUCGAUCCUAAAUUAAAGGUAAUCGGUGUUCAAGGAUUGAGAGUAGCAGAUGCAUCUAUCAUGCCUGAAAUUAUAGCGGGGCAUACAAACAUACCUACUUAUAUGAUUGCCGAAAAACUAGCAGAUAUGGUUAAAGAAGAAUGGGGAUACUUGAAGAAGUCACAAUCGUAAUAUUUCACAAAAUAGUUAUACCAAUUUUCACACGUAAUGUUUUGUAAACAAUCAAAGUUGUAAACAAAAUGCUCAAUUAAAAUAAAGUUAGGCAAAACUCAUUCGAUUAAUUAAAAAAAAAU